UGAGCACCAAUGCACUUCAGCUAAAACAUCGAUCAUAAUUUGUUAAAGAGUUGUUAAGCGAAAAGAAAUAAUAAUAAAAAUGAAUGUGCGAAUUAUUCAAAACCGAAAAAACUUUAUAACUUUAACAAACUUUCUGCGAUCACAUGGAUGCCGGCACUUGUCCGUCCAGGCUGCGGCUCAGCCAAAACGAAAUGCUAACACACAAAAUAUAGUGCUUGUCGAUGGCGUACGUACGCCUUUUCUGACUUCAGGUACAUCAUACUCGAAUUUAAUGCCACAUGAACUGGCCAGGCAUUCCUUGCUUUCACUGUUGCAAAAGACAAAACUGGACAAGGAACUUGUUGAUUAUAUUGUCUAUGGCACCGUUAUACAGGAGGUGAAAACUUCCAAUAUUGGCCGCGAGGCGGCGCUUUCAGCUGGCUUCAGCGACAAGACUCCUGCGCAUACAGUUACAAUGGCUUGCAUAAGCUCGAAUGCGGCAAUCACAACUGGCAUGGGUCUUAUUGCUACAAACACAUAUGAUGUGAUAGUUGCUGGCGGCGUUGAGUUUAUGUCCGAUGUGCCAAUUCGGCAUUCGCGUAAAAUGCGUUCGUUGAUGUUGAAGGCGAACAAGGCUAAGACGCUGGGACAGCGCCUGGCUUUGCUGUCGACAUUCAGGCCCGGUUUCUUGGCGCCUGAACUACCAGCUGUUGCUGAAUUUUCGUCUGGUGAGACUAUGGGUCACUCCGCUGAUCGUCUGGCCUCCGCAUUUAAUGUCACUCGCAAAGAGCAGGAUGACUACGCUUUGAGGUCCCAUGUUAUGGCUAAGAAGGCUCAGGAAAGUGGAUACUUUACAGAUUUGGUGCCCUUCAAGGUGCGAGGCGUUGAUCAAGUCGUCGACAAGGACAACGGCAUUCGCGUGUCAAGUCCAGAAAGUUUGGCCAAACUAAAGCCGGCUUUUGUGAAGCCUUAUGGCACAAUUACUGCGGCCAAUGCUUCCUUUUUGUCCGAUGGCGCCUCAGCUUGUCUCAUAAUGACAGAGGAGAAGGCGAAGCAAUUGGGCUUAAAACCAAAGGCAUAUCUACGCGAUUUCCUGUAUGUGUCUCAAGAUCCUGUUAAUCAACUCUUAUUGGGUCCUGCCUAUGGCAUACCAAAACUGCUCAAGAAAGCUGGACUCACACUUAAAGAUAUUGAUAGCUGGGAAAUUCACGAAGCUUUUGCUGGUCAGAUCGUUGCCAAUUUGAAAGCUUUGGAUUCUGAUUGGUUCUGUAAAACAUAUCUGGGUCUCAGCGAAAAGGUCGGAACUCCCGAUUUGUCCAAGUGGAACAACUGGGGUGGAUCCCUGUCGAUCGGUCAUCCAUUUGCUGCCACAGGCGUUCGUCUAUGCAUGCAUACGGCCAACCGCCUGGUCCGUGAGGAUGGCAAGCUUGGUGUUGUUGCCGCGUGUGCCGCUGGUGGGCAAGGCGUGGCCAUGCUUCUCGAGCGUUAUCCUGGAGCAACGGCUGACUGAAAAUAUCAAAUAGCUAGGUUUCUUUUUAUAAACACCUAAAUAAAUAA